AUGGAGAGGCCGAUCAAAGCAUCGCAAUCGUCGUCCACAAGGGUUACCUAUUCGGUUUUGCCGCAUCAGACCCCCAGGCUUAGAGAUCAUUACCUUCUCGGCAAGAAACUCGGGCAGGGCCAAUUUGGAACCACUUAUCUCUGCACUCAUCGACCCACAGGGGCCCUUUAUGCCUGCAAAUCAAUCCCCAAACGCAAGCUCCUCUGCAAAGAGGAUUAUGAGGAUGUUUGGAGAGAGAUUCAGAUCAUGCACCAUUUGUCUGAACACCCUAAUGUUGUUCAGAUCAAGGGCACUUAUGAGGAUUCUGUGUUCGUCCACUUGGUGAUGGAGCUUUGUGCCGGUGGGGAGCUUUUUGACAGGAUUUUGCAAAAGGGUCACUACAGCGAGAGAGAAGCCGCUAAGCUUAUUAAGACAAUCGUUGGAGUGGUCGAGAGUUGCCACUCUCUUGGGGUUAUGCAUAGGGAUCUCAAGCCUGAGAACUUUCUGUUUGACAACCCUGGUGAAGAUGCUAAGCUUAAGGCCACGGAUUUCGGGCUCUCCGUUUUUUACCAGCCAGGACAAUCUUUCUGUGAUGUAGUUGGAAGCCCCUAUUAUGUUGCUCCAGAAGUGCUCCGUAAGGAGUAUGGGCAUGAGGUUGAUGUGUGGAGUGCUGGUGUUAUCCUUUACAUCUUAUUGAGUGGUGUUCCACCUUUCUGGGCAGAAACUGAUUCUGGGAUCUUCAGACAGAUUUUAUAUGGAAGGCUAGAUUUCAACUCUGAUCCAUGGCCCAGCAUUUCAGAUGGUGCUAAAGAUUUAAUCAGGAAGAUGCUCACAAGAGACCCAAAGGAGAGAAUCUCAGCCCAUGAAGUUCUUUGUCACCCAUGGAUUGUUGACGACACUGUUGCACCCGACAAGCCUAUAGAUUCUGCAGUUUUGUCUCGGCUAAAACAGUUCUCAGCAAUGAAUAAGCUGAAGAAGAUGGCUCUACGUGUCAUAGCAGAAAGACUGUCUGAGGAAGAAAUUGGUGGGUUGAAGGAAUUGUUUAAAAUGAUCGACACUGAUAACAGUGGCUCAAUAACAUUUGAAGAGCUUAAAGAGGGGUUGAAAAAAGUGGGCUCUGAACUCAUGGAAUCUGAUAUCAAGUCUCUUAUGGAUGCGGCUGAUAUAGACAACAGUGGAACCAUAGACUAUGGUGAAUUCCUUGCAGCUACAUUGCACCUCAACAAGAUAGAGAGAGAGGAUAAUUUAGUGGCUGCUUUCUCCUAUUUUGACAAAGAUGGUAGUGGUUAUAUCACCAUUGAUGAACUUCAACAUUCCUGCAAAGAGUUCGGUUUGGGCGAUGUCCAUUUGGAUGAGAUUAUCAAAGAAAUUGAUCAAGAUAAUGAUGGACGUAUAGAUUACGAGGAAUUUGCAGCGAUGAUGAAGAAGGGCGAUGGAGGAGGUGUUGGUAGAAGUCGAACGAUGAGAAACAACUUGAACUUCAAUUUGGCCGAUGCAUUUGGAAUAAAAGACAAAUCUUGAAGUUGGAAGUUGGAAGUUGGAAGUUGAAGAGGAACGAAGUUGAAGCUGCGUAGGUUUGUAAGUUGUAUAGUUUGGGUAGGUGUUUAAGUGCAGAAAUAUGUUUUAUUAUCACGCCAUAGCUUCAAUGAGUAGGAGGAGCCUUUGGAUUUGAUUUUUGGUUUGAAAUAUAUGGGUUUGUGUACUGUUGCAGUUGUUGAAUGCGAGGGCUCUGAAUUUUCCUGACAUUGCAUGUCAAUUCAACAAUGUUUGUAGAAGGAACUUGUUAUUAUCAAAGAGAAGAAAUUAAACAAUGGUAUCAUACUUUACAUCA